CUGGGAGCCAGCGCGGCCACGGCAGGGCCCUGCGAGGAGCCAUGGAGGGGCCAGGCCAGGACGACUACGAGGAAGUGAUGCGGAAAAACCUGGACCCUGAAGGCUACGAAGACCCUGGCAUACGGACCCCAUCCAUCUCACUGGGGGAGAUGAGCACUCCGUCAGAGACCGAUGUGGACCUGGAGGCGGCGGGGAGCAGGCGGCCCGUGUCCCGGCGGGACACCCAUGAGGGCUACGUGGAGCUGCACGAGCUGCGCCCGACGGAGAAGUGCUGGAUGGAGGCCGGCCGCUGGCUCUGGCUGGACGAGGACGCCCAGGAGGGCGGCCCCGUGCCCUUCCUGACCUGCCGCAGCUUGCAGGACAUCAGCCGGGCGCUGGGCACAGGCACCGUGCUCCUGGACGUGGCGGCCACGUCGCUGGAGGACGUUGCCCGCUCGCUGGUCGACCAGAUGGUCAAAGAGGGGCAGGUGAAGGCCAAGGAGCACAAGGCCGUCCUGAAGACCCUGCUGCUGCAGCACAAGCACCCCAGCAAGGGCGAGAGGAGAGAGGAGCUGGAGAAGGUGCCGCGGGAGCAACAGCCCAUGGAGAUGUCACUGCUGGCGCACGGCGCGGCCGAGCCCCUGCUCCCCGGCAAGGUCCCCAAGGACGCCGAGGCCUCGCUGGUGCUCGUGGGCUCCGUGCCCGCCCUGGAGCAGCCGGUGCUGGCCUUCGUGCGCCUGAAGGAGGCGGCGGUGCUGGACGCGGUGCUGGCGGUGCCGCUGCCCGUGCGCUUCCUCGUCGUGCUGCUGGGCCCCAAGAGCCGCCACGUGAGCUACGGCGAGAUCGGCCACGCCGUGGCCACCAUGAUGUCCGACCGGGUGUUCCGCCGCGACGCCUCCCUGGCCGAGAGCCGCCAGGAGCUGCUGCGCGCCGUGGACUCCUUCCUGGAGGCCAGCGUGGUGCUGCUGCCCGCCGAGGCGCAGGACGAGGAGCAGCUGCAGGGGCUGCUGCCGCUGCGGCGGGAGCUGCUGCGCCGCCGCUACCAGAGCCCCCAGCAGCCGCCCGGCAGCGGCUCCCCCUUGGAGCCGGGGUUCAAGCAGCCGCUGGCACCGGCGGCGGAGGACGACGACCCCCUGAAGCGAACGGGGCGGCCGUUYGGGGGGCUGGUGCGGGACAUCCGCCGCCGCUACCCCAAGUAUCUCAGCGACAUCACGGACGCCCUGAACCCCCAGUGCUUGGCCGCCGUCAUCUUCAUCUACUUCGCCGCCCUGUCACCAGCUGUCACCUUCGGAGGCCUGCUGAAUGAGAAGACCCGGGGUAUGAUGGGGGUGUCGGAGCUGCUCAUUGCCACGUGCGUGCAGUGCGUCCUCUUCAGCCUGCUCAGCGCCCAGCCCCUGCUUGUCGUCGGCUUCUCGGGGCCCCUGCUUGUCUUCGAGGAGUCCUUCUUCACGUUCUGCGAGAGCAACAACCUGGACUACCUCGUGGGCCGCGUCUGGGUGGGCUUCUGGCUCAUCCUGCUCGUGCUGGUGGUGGUGGCCUGCGAGGGCAGCAUCCUGGUGCGCUACCUCUCCCGCUACACCCAGGAGAUCUUCUCCUUCCUCAUCUCCCUCAUCUUCAUCUACGAGACCUUCGACAAGCUCAUCACGAUCUUCAAGAUGCACCCGCUGCAGCGUCACCACAACGUGACGCCCACGCUGAGCCCCGGCGCGAACCCCGUGGCGGAGCCCAACACGGCGCUGCUCUCCCUCGUGCUCAUGGCCGGCACCUUCUUCCUGGCUCUCUUCCUCCGCCAGUUCAAGAACAGCAUGUUCCUGCCCGGCAAGGUCCGCCGCUUGGUCGGAGACUUCGGGGUGCCCAUUUCCAUCUUCCUCAUGACGCUCGUUGACUUCUUCAUCAAGGACACGUACACACAGAAACUGAAGGUGCCCAAAGGCCUGGAGCUCACCAACGGGACCGCCCGUGAAUGGUUCAUCCACCCCUUGGGCAAAAACCACUCAUUCCCCACCUGGAUGAUGUUCGCUGCCGUGGUGCCGGCCCUCUUGGUCUUCAUCCUCAUCUUCCUCGAGACGCAGAUCACAACCCUCAUCGUCAGCAAGCCCGAGCGCAAGCUGGUGAAGGGCUCGGGCUUCCACCUGGACCUGCUGCUCAUCGUGGGCAUGGGCGGCGUGGCGGCGCUCUUCGGCAUGCCCUGGCUCAGCGCCACCACCGUGCGCACCAUCACGCACGCCAACGCGCUCACCAUCAUGAGCAAGGCCUCGGCGCCCGACGACAAGCCCCAGAUCCUGGAGGUCAAGGAGCAGCGCAUCAGCGGCUUGCUGGUGGCCGUGCUCAUCGGCGUCUCCAUCCUCAUGGAGCCCAUCCUGAAGUACAUCCCGCUGGCUGUGCUCUUCGGCAUCUUCCUCUACAUGGGCGUCACCUCCCUCUUCGGCAUCCAGCUCUUUGACCGCAUCCUGUUCAUGUUGAUGCCACCCAAGUAUCACCCCGAUGAGCCCUAUGUGAAAGUGGUGAAGACGUGGCGCAUGCACCUCUUCACCUUCACCCAGAUCGUCACCCUGGCCGUGCUGUGGGCCGUGAAGUCUACGAAGGCCUCGCUGGCCUUGCCCUUCAUCCUCAUCCUCACCGUGCCGCUCCGCCGCUUCCUGCUGCCCAGGAUCUUCCAGGAGACUGAGCUCCGAUGCCUGGACGCCGACAGCGCCACCGUCACCUUGGACGAGGUGGAGGGCAAGGACGUGUACGACGAGGUGCAGAUGCCCAGCUAAGGCGGGGGACAGGGGUCCGCUCCGGCCCGCCACGAGCACCCGCUCCCCGCCCUGCAAUAGGAGUAUUUUUAAAUAGGAAAUAUUUUAAA